AUGGAGACGCACGUCGAUGCCCAGGGCCGAACGUGGUACUCUGUGCAUACGGUUGGCGAGUGGCCGUUUGGGUCUGCAAAGGGCAGGCCUUCGCCAUUGACGCUAACUGCUACCAUGCAGGCGGCCCUCUCGAGGAGGUCAUGUCGUCACGGAUUCACUCGUGGGCGAGGCGUCUGCGGUGUACCUCGACGCAUUGGUGAUUCGUGUCACAAGAAUCGACCCCUGCUUGAUGUUCAGGCUUGCAUUCGCUGCCCGCUUCAUAAGUUUGUGAUCUCGAUCGAAACUGGCGAAUCCUUUUAUCAGCCGGUUGAAUUCGAGAGGUCGACGGAGACAGGGAAGAUAGUUCCGAAGCCUCUUCCGUGGAGAUCUCAUGGAGUGAAACAGAGAACGCACCUGACCAAAGUGGAGGGACAGCGUGUCUGGAUUUCUCUCCUCGCUCGCGACCGCCCUGUCGCCUCAGACAAAUUCGCAAAGGCUUUUCUGAAUCGCGCGUAG